AGUGUAGAAAUGUCUGUACAGGAUGGCGUUACAGGAGAGUGUUGUUAAAGUUUCCACCAGUGAUCUUGUCAUCGAACUUUGGGAAGGUGAUUCAGUGGUGCAUAUGGAAACUACAAUGUCCAGACCAGUCCUCUCUCCAACCCGCAUCAAUGCUACAGCUUCUGAAACAUUCACAGUACUUCAGCAAAGGAUGAGAAUAGUUGAAGAACAGACCAGUUCUCUGAGGGAUGACCUAAUAAUGUUGGACUUUGGUGACAAAAGGGGCCAAUUGGAAACUCCAGAAUGUUUAGAACAACCUGUGAGCCAGAACAUCACUGGACCUAUCCAGAAUGAGAUAAUUUGUUCAGGAAAAACAAAUAUUUUGUGGAAGAAUUGUGAGUUCCUGGUCAAUCGAAUGUGCCGUCUGGAAAGUCUCAUCCAGUCUUUGAAGAUGAACAUCUUCCGUCUGCAAACCGAAAAGGAUCUGAACCCACAGAAAGCAGAUUUCCUGAAGGAAAGACUGAAUACCAUACAGGAGGAGCAUUCCAAGGACCUCAAGCUGCUGCAACUGGAAGUGAUGAAUUUGCGCCAGCAGCUGCGAGAUGUAAAAGAGGAGGAAGACAAAGCGCAGGAUGAGGUGCAGAGGCUGACUGCGACUCUGGAGAUUGCCUCUGAAACAAAGAAGAAUGCAGCUAUUAUUGAAGAGGAACUGAAGACCACAAAACGUAAAAUGAACCUUAAAAUUCAAGAGCUAAGGAGACAGCUGUCCCAGGAGAAGCACCUCAGAGAAUCUCUUGAGAAAUCUGGAUCAGCCUUGCUACUCAGAAUACAAGAAAUGGAAUCAACAGUGGAGGUGGAACGGAAACAGGUGCACAUUUUGCAGGAGAACUGCAUUGCCCUACGCAGUUCUAUUCAGGCCACCCAAGAACUACUGGCCCAGGAGCAGCAGCAGAAAGGAGCGUUGGAGACUGCUUCCUCACAGCUCAAGUCUGACCUCGUUUCUAGAGACAACAUCAUUUCCAAGUUGGUUGAAGAAAAUAAGAAUAUACAGAUGUCUUUCAAUAAGGAACAUGAAGGAAAUGCAUAUUUGAGGUCUGAAAUAGUAUCUCUUCAUGAAGCAUCAGAAAAAGCACAGAAUUUGAAUGACCAACUGACAAGAAAGUGUUCAGAAUUGAGCAACAUGCUUCAGACUGUUAAAAUGGAAAAUACCAGAAUCAUUGCUGACCACCAAGCCAUUCUGCAGGAGGAACAGAAAAUGAUGACACAGACAUUUCAAGAACAAAACUUACUGCUGGAUGCAGCCCAUGCCAGUAUCACAAGCGAGCUACAGACUGUUCAGAAUGAAAAAACACAGCUCCAAGUGCAUCUGGACCAUUUAAUCCUUGAGCAUAACCAGUGUAUCCAGAAAGCACAAGAGGCUGAGGAGAGGGCAACAGUCCAGAAAGAGCUGCUGGAAUCCACUAUUGCAAGAUUGCGAGCUGACCUGGAAGCGUCAGUGCAAGAGAAGAAGUCUCUACUAGAGGAGAAAGACAGACUUCAGAAAGAGGUUAAUAAAACAGAGAAAGAAGUAGCAGAGGAAAAAUGCAACUUGGAAAAAGAAUUAUCUAAAAGCAAGGUAGACAUAAAUGCAUUAACCCGCAACGUGCAGACUCUAGAGGAAAAGAAUAAGCAGCUGACAGAUAAGAUUGCUUCCCUAGAACUUGAGCAAGCAUCUUCUGAUUACCACUGGCUUGCCCAACAACAGGUGGAAAACGUCUUGGGAAAAAUUACUGACAGUAAAAAUAAACUGGCCUAUGAAAAGGGAAAACUUCAGACAAAAGUUAAGCAGCUAGAAGAACAACUGCAUUCUCUUACUGAAACCAGUUCACAGAAUGACCAUCUACGCAAGUUGAAUAAGGCACUAGAAGGCAAAUAUGCUCAGGUGAAAUCCCUUCUCGAAAAGAAUGAAGAGGAGCUUUCACAAGCAGUGAAGGGCCGUGAUGCAGCCCUGAAAGAGAGUCAGAAGUUGAAAGGGGACCUUGAAACUCUGGAGGACAGGGAGAACAAGAAGGUGGGAAACUUUCAGCGACAACUGGCAGAAGCCAAAGAAGACAACUGCAAAGUGACAAUCAUGUUAGAGAAUGUGUUGGCUUCUCACAGUAAGAUGCAAGGUGCUCUGGAAAAAGUGCAAAUAGAGCUUGGCCGAAGGGAUUCAGAGAUUGCAGGCCUCAAGAAAGAAAGGGCUCUAAAUCAGCAGCGGGUACAGAAGCUGGAAGCAGAAGUGGACCAGUGGCAGGCCAGAAUGCUUGUCGUGGAUGCCCAGCACAACAGUGAGAUGGAACCUCUACAAAAAGCUCUAGAUGUAGCUAGAGAAGACAACAGGAAACUGGCUAUGAGCCUGGAGCAAGCUCUCCAGACAAAUAAUCACCUACAAACAAAGCUUGAUCAUGUUCAAGAGAAAUUGGAAAACAAAGAACUUGAGCGACAGAAUUUGGAAACCUUUAAAGAACGGAUGAGUGAAGAAUCCAAAAUAGAAGCAGAAUUGCAUGCUGAACGCAUAGAUGCUCUAAGAAAGCAGUUUCAGGUUGAGAGAGAAACUGCCAGGAAAGCAGCACAGCGGGAAGUGACUGAGAUGAAGAAAGCCCUUGAUGAAGCCAACUUCAGAUCAGUGGAAGUGUCCCGGACCAACCGCGAGCUGCGGCAGAAACUUACGGAGCUGGAGAAGCUCCUCAACAGCAGCAAGGAGAAAAUAAAGAACCAGAGGGCCCAGAUUAAGCUCCACUUGUCGGCCAAGGCGAAUAACUCUCAGAACGUGGAGAGGAUGAAGCAAAUAGAAACAGAACUGAGGCAUAUGGAGCUAAUUAAGGAUCAGUAUCAGAGGAAGAACUACGAACAGUCACUGAGUAUCCAGAAAUUCGUGUCUGAAAUGACUAACCUGCAGAAGGAGAUGCAGCUGUUGGCCAGGAGCCAGUAUGAUACCUCAGCACGGAAUAAGCAGCAAGAGCUGCGCCUGGAGUCUGAGCGGAAGCUGAGGCAGGAGCUGGAGAGUCGGUGCCAGGAAUUGGAAGAAACUAUCAGACACCUAAAGAAAUGUAAAGAGGCAACAGAGAAUAAGCUGAAAGAAGCCAGUGUGGAAUCAGAGCAGAUAACAGCUAACCUGGAAGAAGCUCACCGCUGGUUUAAGUGCAGGUUUGACGGUCUACAACUUGAGCUGACCAAAAACCGGUUGCAGAGGCUUCCCCGGGAAGACAGGUGGCGGGAAGAGGACCAAGAUAAAAGGCACAACAGCACAUCAAACCAGUCUGCUCUGCAUCGAUGGGAGAAUAAACAGAAUAGACUUGUGCCCAAGAAGUGCCACUCUGAACUAGAGAGAAAGUGAUGUCCUUGACAGAGCAGCUUCUUCAGCUUAGAACAGCUUCAUCACCCUGAUUGCCUGAGCCCAGCAACUAGGACUGGCCUGUUUCCACAGUCAUCAGAACAUGAAGUCUUUGAUGUGGGCUGAGGAUUUUGGACCUAAGUUUAUCCUUUUAUGGAUUCUUUGAUAUCAAUUCAGAACCAUCCCAUCUUUUUUGUUCCUUUCCCUAUUUUCCACCCAAUAAAUUUAUAUUCAUGUGUUUUAUGAUAGGA